UAAAACCCCGUGCUCUAGGGUUCAUUCCUCCGCGCCGCCACCUCCUCCCGCUUCCCACCACCAUCUUCCCCGGCCACCGGCGGCGGCGACAAUGGUGCAGGGACGCCAGGGCCAGCGCGUCAGGCUCUACGUGCGGGGCACCAUCCUGGGCUACAAGAGGUCCAAGUCGAACCAGUACGAGAGCACGUCGCUGCUGCAGGUGGAGGGGGUGAACACCAAGGAGGACGUGUCGUACUACGCCGGCAAGCGCAUCGCCUACGUCUACAAGGCCAAGACCAAGAGCAGCGGCACCGCCGUCCGCUGCAUCUGGGGCAAGGUCACGCGCCCCCACGGCAACUCCGGCGUCGUGCGCGCGCAGUUCCGCUCCAACCUCCCCGCCACCUCCAUGGGCAAGAAGGUCCGCGUCUUCAUGUACCCCAGCAGCACCUGAAGGCUAUGUUGCCUAUUCUAUUUAGUUGUAGCUGGCUUUGUGGAUGUCUGUUAUCAGUUUGAUGACAGGUUUAUAACCAAAGAUUUUGUCGGUGAUUUUGGAAGAGUUUAGUUACAGACUGUUAGUUUCGUCUCGUGUAACUCAACUUGGUGACACAUUUUGCUCUGAAAUGAAGUAUGAUGUGGCUAUAAACUGUUUCUCUGGAGGAUCCGUAACAUAUUGAUUGAGAUGAUGUUUUCUCAA